CUGGCGUACACUUCGCCCAAUUUCUUCUCCUCUCUCCCUUUCUGCUCUCCCUUUCUGCUCUCCCGCCUCCACCUCCCCCACUCUCCUCCCCCGGGCAUUUUGUCUUUCCUGAAGGGCCGUCUCUUGCCUGUCCUUCCCCUCUCCCUGCUAGCAGCAUGAACCUUCCCCCAUUUGGCGGGCGCGGACGCGGCGGCCGUGGCGGUCGCGGUGGGCGCGGUGGAUUCCGACCUCGCGACCGCACCUUGGCAUCGGGCGGCAUCGUGGUCAAGGCCGCGGCUCGCAAGGAAGCCCGCGCGGCGGCUCGUCGCGGCGGGCGCCAGCCCCUCCCCCAGGCGGCCCCGGUGGCUCCGGUCCGGGCUCGGCCCCGGGCCCGGGCGGCCUUCUCGGAGGAUGCCCCGGCGCUGGCCUUCGAUGACGAGGCGCCAAUGGCAGGGCAGCGCCGCGCCCCGGCGGCCGACAGCCCGGCCAAGCGUGCCCGUGCCCCGGCCACCUUCGACUGGGAGGACUCGCUGGCCGACUUCGAGGCCAUGGACGCGGACAUCGGCUCGGCCGGCGACCAGGAUGAUGGCGAUGGCGAUGAGCACGACCCAUACGGCCUGGACGCGCUGGAGGCCGGCGACGACAUGGACGAGGAGCCGGAGCUGGACACCCUGGACGAUGGCGACCUGGAGUCGAUCGAUGCCGUGUCUUCGGCCGGGCUGGCGCCCCUCGACGACAAGGAUGCCCUCUACGAUGAGUGGGUCAUCCGGCAAUUUGAGCGGAAGUACGGCGGCUCGGCGAAGGCCCAGCGCCGGUCUGCGCGUGACGCCGAGGCCGGCGACGCUCUCGGCGAGCUGCUGGUCGGCCUGGACAACUUGGGCGAGGAGUCGGGCCUCGAGGAGGAGGUCGACAGCGACGCGCCCGAGGUCGAGUCAACCUUCAGCCACCGGUCGCGCCCGCGCGGCGACGAUGCCGACUCCAGCCACUCGGACGAUGGCCCAUCCUCCUCCUCCAGCGAGGAGGACUACCAAGAGGAGGGCGGCAGCUCGGACGAGGAGCCCGGCCCUGUGACCGCCUCGGCCCCGGCCCCGGCCCCGGCCCCGGAGGCUGGGAAGUACCUGCCGCCGGCGGUGCGGCGGCGCCUUGCGGCCGAGGCCGCGGCCGCCGGCCAGGAUGCCCCGGCCUCGGGCUCAGGCAAGAUCGACCUGGGGCGGCUGCUGGGGCAUGCGGCCGAGCAGCGCACCGACCCGGACGCCGAAGCGGCGGCCUCGGCCGCGGCCAGCCUGGCCCUGCAGGACCAGCCGGCCAGCCCGGAGCUGGUGCGCCGCGUGCGCGGCCCCAUCAACCGGCUGACGUCCUCGAACUUCGGGCAGCUCCUGCCGGAGCUGGCCCGGCUGCUGGCCGGCGGGGCCUUCCCCCGGCGGGCGGUCUUCGCCACCCUGACCGCGGCCGUGCUGGACACCGUGUCGUCGGCCAGCUCCGGCGACCGGCUGUCCUCCUUCGUGGCGGUGCAGGCCGCGGCCCUGGUUUUCCUGGGCGCGUCCUGGGGCCCGGAGGUGGUGGCCUGUGCCACGGUGGAGGCGUUGCGGCGCCUGCGCGCGGCCGAGGCGGCGGCUCUCCUUCCGCCGGCCGGCCCUGCCGCCGGCCUGGCCCAGGCCAUGCAGGACCCCGAGGAGGAUGCCCUGGUCCCGGGGACGGAUGGGCCGCGCGCGCGCGAGGCCCGCAACUUGGCGGUCUUCCUGUCGCACCUGGCCUCCUUCAAUCUGGUGGGGGCCACGCCGGAUGGUGUGUCCCUGCUGAUGGACCUGUGCGACCGGUGGCUGGCCGCGGUGCUGGAGUCCGAGGCCUUCCUGGAGGGGGCCGGCGACUCGACCGCGGCCGAGCUGGCCUCCACCCGGGCCGAGCUGGCCGUCGAGCUGGCCAAUGUCCUGCUCACGGGGGCCGGGUUUUCGCACCUGCGCACCGGCGCCCCGGGGCGCCUGCGCGCCUUCAUCGAAAAGAUGCAAGAAGCCAAGCUGGCCAGCUCGCGCGCGCGCUUCCUCCGUGACACGGUGACCGCCGUGCGCACCAACCGCCGGCGCAAGUCCGACGACGCGGACGAGGAGCUGGUGGCUCCCCUGCGGAAGGUUCUGCGCGAGACGAUGAAGUCCGCCGGACUGUCCGCCCCUGCCCCGCUUAGCUUCGGCCUGCAGGACCUGGCCCAGGCCGAGGCAUCCGGCGGGGAUGUGGUCCAUGCCCUGGCCCGGCAGAUUCGCGAACGAAACCUGGCCCUGGACGGCACCGGGGCCGGGGCGGCCGGCACGACGGCCCGCAUGGCGGCCAUGCUGACCCCCGGCCGGUCCGGCGCCGGGGCCAGCGUGGACACCGAGCAUGCGCAGCUGCUGGCCGCGGCUCGACGCCACGGCAUGAACACCGACAUCCGCCGCGCGGUGUUCGUGGCGUUGAUGGGGGCCGCCGACGCGGCCGACGCCGUGACCCGGGUCCUGGGGCUGGGCCUGCGCGGGGAGGCCGAGCGCGACAUCGUCCGGGUUUUGGUGCAUUGCUGCUCGCGCGAGCGCGUGUACAAUCCCUUCCAUGCGCAGGUGGCGCAGAAGCUGAUCGCCACGCGUGCCUCGCACCGGGUGUCCCUGACCUUCACCCUGUGGGAUGUCUUCCGGUCCAUGGGCGAGCCGGGCAGCCAGGAUGCCAGCCCCCGGCGGGUGCUGAACAUCUCGCGCCUGGUGGCGGACCUGGUCCUGGGCCAGGCCCUCGGGCUGAAUGUCUUCCGGACCCUGCCGCUGGAGCGGCGCCCGCUGCCGACCGCGCAUGCGGCCCUCCUGCGGGACGUCCUGACGCGCGUGCUGCCGGUGCUGGAUCCGCAGGCCCUGGUGCGGGUCUUUGCCGAGGCGGUGCAGAUGCCCGGGUCGGCCGGCGGCGCGCGCGAUCCCGAUCAGGAGCCCGGCGCCGCGGCCGAGGCCCUCACCCGGCGCGAGGUCCUCCGCCAUGGCCUGGCCCUGGCCCUGUCGACCCUGGUCAAGGAGGCCGAGCGGGACCUGGCCACCGAGGGGCGCCUGUCGGAGCGCGAUGCCCUGCGUCAGGCUCGCCGUGUGGCCUCGGCCACGCUGGAGCGUGCUGCCUGGCGGCAAUAGAGACACCGAAUAGACAUGUGCCGAGAGAGCAAGUGAGAGUCAGUG